GUGGUUUACCGUAUUUUUAUAUUUCAUCGGGAAACCCAUAGUCGUUCUUGUAAAAUCACUAUACAAACUAUAAAAUGUACAAAUAUUUACUUGAUAAACAUACUCUACAAUAUUAUUAUCCCCUGUUCAAUACUUCUCAACAAAAAUAAAUUCAAUCAAUUAUAAUCUUGAUAUCCAUCUAUACAAAGAUCGAAUUCGGUUGUCUAGUCAACUGAAGGUAAAUUGGUUUUAAACAAACUAAACUCGCGCUAAAAUUCACGGUAAUGUCCAAAUUAAUCGUGUUUCAAUUCGAAUAUAUAUUGUGGUGUGAUUAUUCGUAGUUUAGUAUUGGUUACGAAUAUCCGCAAUAUGGCCGGCACUAGUGUUUUAUGUGGUCUCGUUCUCUUAAUUAUUUGUUGUAAUCAAAUCGAUGCAGCUACACGCGUAGCCCGAUCGCCCCAAUUCAGUCAGGCUAAUGCUCAAGCGCAAGCCGGUGCCUUCGGCCGUCCAGGUUUUCAGUCCAGACCUGGAUUCGGCGGUGGCGGAUUUAACCGACCCGGUUUUGGAGGCGGUGGCUCCAACAGGCCAGGCUUUGGAGGCGGCGGUUUUAACCGGCCCGGCUUCGGUGGUGGUGGCUUCAACCGCCCAGGAGGCGGAACCUCGAUUAGUAUUUCAAAGAGCAUCGCUAUCAGUCGAGGAGGAUCAGCCCAGUCUAGCUCCAAUUCUGUAGCGAGAGGAUAAUUUUGAACAUGCACUUACAUAACAAAAAAAUGUGAUUUACGAGUAUUAUAUAUAAGGUUGAAUAAAUUAUUGUCAAAUUUCAA